AUGGCUAUGCUGACGACCAGUGCUGCGUCUAAUUUGCCAGCUUCUCCGACCCUGCGUCCGACGGAUGCCACGAGCUCAGUCGCUACUGAAAUAGACGUGUCAAGUGAGAGAGCGGGACUUACCCCCUUGACUACGCCUAACUUCUCGAGACCUGUGUCCGCUAUGUCAUCUCCAGCCAUUGAAGUUCCGCUCGCCCUUUCUUCUGUAACGUAUACUCGUGCGGUGUCGAGGAUCGCAUCUAGGGAUGUUGUAUUCUUAGAAGGCACUCCAGUGAAGGCUCGAUCGGAGAGCUUGCCCCUCCCCAAAGAUACCCCUCUGAAGAUCUAA